UCACUCGCUCGACAGUCGACACGGAGCCCAAUCAAGCUCACUCCAACAGACAAACUCUGAUGCUACAAAUUCUAAACCCAGAUUUCAAAAGCUCUUAAACAUUUUUGUUUUACUAUUUAUUCUAUUCUCUUUCCGUCCUCUUUCAGAAUCCUUUCAUUUCAUUUCCCUCACUUUUCUCUUUAUGCCUUGAAAACAAAACAUCUUUCAACUUGUUGUCCUGUUCUCUGCUUCCGGGAAAACACGCCGGAAAAGAGAAGUGGGUUCUCUGAAGUUGAGUUCAGCCGUAAUGGGUUGUGUGAAUUAUGGUGUUUGUGUUGGCUUCGGGGUGGUGGUGUUCACUGCUUUAACGGCGCCGUUUUGUGCUGGGUUGACUGACCCUCGUGAUGUUGCGGCAAUAAAUAGCUUAUAUGUUGCACUUGACUUCCCACCUCUUGAUAAAUGGCUUCCUCUUGGAGGAGACCCAUGUGGAGAUUCAUGGCAAGGUGUCUUAUGUGUUUUCUCAAAUGUGACAGAAAUAAGACUCAAUGGAAUGAAUUUGGGAGGAACUUUGGUGGAUAGCUUGGGGGACUUCAAAUCAAUAAUAGUUUUAGAUUUGAGCAAUAAUCAUAUUGGAGGGAGUAUUCCAAACAACUUGCCCCUCACCAUAAGGAACUUUUCUCUUUCAGGUAAUCAGUUCACUGGAAGCAUCCCAGAAUCAUUGGCCCUGUUAUCUCAGUUGUUGGAUUUGUCGUUGGGGAAUAACCAUAUGACCGGAGGCAUACCUGAUGCCUUUCAACAGCUUACGGGUUUGAUAAAUUUGGAUCUGUCAGCUAACAAUUUGAGUGGUCAACUGCCUCCCUCAACGGUGGAUUUGUCAUCUCUCAACACAUUGCACCUGCAGAACAACACACUUUCUGGGCUCCUUGAUGUUCUACAGGACCUUCACCUAACUGAUUUGAAUAUUGAGAAUAAUUUGUUCUCAGGGCCUAUCCCCACGAAGUUACUUGCAAUUCCAAAUUUCAGAAAAGGUGGAAAUCCCUUUAAUACAACUAUUAUUCCAUCACCCUCGACUGCACUAUCUCCAUCUAUAGCUUGGGCACCAUCUCCUGGUUAUGCACCUGGGAAUCUGGCAGAUGUACCUUCUAUUUCUAUAGCACCGAAGUUCAGAAGUUCAAGAAAAUUUUGGACAACAAAGGGAGUCAUUGGGAUUUCCAUUACAGGGGCUGCAAUACUUUUUGUGUUAGGAGCUUGUCUCUUUGUCUGCAGAUACUGCAGAGAUAGGAAAGUGAAGAAAGAUUCUGAGAGGAAUGAUGUGGGUGCAUAUAAAGCCCCUGGGGAGAACCCUAACAACAGUAAAUCUUCAUUACAGCCAAGUCUUCCAGUGGAGAAAGGUAGCUAUACUGUGGAGAAAGUCUCAAUUCAACCAGUCUCUAAAGAGCCAAUCAUGAAACCUCAAGAUGGAUAUGGAGUGGACAAUAGAAGAACAGGAAUAAAUCCAAAGCCACAGGAUGAACAGCUGCCACCACCUCCUUUUCCAUUACCUCUUGUUGAGAAGGUUACUGUAAAACCACUUGCACCUGCAGAAGUAACAAGAAGUGAUCAUCCUUCUACAAGCCUGAACUCUGGUUCAACUAUUCCUUUCACCAUUGCAACACUUCAGCAGUGUACAAAUAGUUUCUCUGAAGAAAAUUUUAUAGGAGAAGGCAUGCUUGGCAGUGUAUAUAUAGCUGAGCUUCCAGAUGGGAAGCUAGUUGCAGUCAAGAAAGUAGGAAUUACAGCUUCUCGUCAGCAGAGUGAUGAUGAAUUUCUUGGUUUAGUGUCUAGGAUCUCUAAACUUCAACAUCCUAAUAUUGUGAAUCUUGUUGGUUACUGUAACGAGCAUAGACAACAUCUGCUUGUGUACGAGUAUUGUGGAAAUGGAACACUUCAUGAUUUACUGCAUGUGGAUGAAGAGAACCAUAAAAAACUUUCAUGGAAUAUGCGCAUCCGGAUGGCACUGGGAGCUGCUAGAGCCCUACAGUAUCUACAUGAAGGAUGUCAGCCACCCAUUGUGCAUCGGAAUUUCAAGUCUGCCAAUAUUCUCCUUGAUGAGAAGCUUGCUGUGCAUGUAUCAGACUGUGGUUUAGAUUUGCUAUUAUCUGGCUCCACAACUGAGUUUUCAGGACGCUAUGCUAAUGGUUAUGGUGCUCCUGAAUUGGAGUCUGGAAGUUACACAUGCCAGAGUGAUGUUUAUAGCCUUGGAGUCGUAAUGUUAGAACUUCUCACAGGGCGGAAAUCCUAUGACAGGUCACGGCCCCGAGGGGAGCAUUCUUUGGUUAGAUGGGCAAUUCCUCAGCUUCAUGAUAUUGAUGCGCUAUCAAAAAUGGUUGACCCUUCUCUAAAUGGAGCAUAUCCAGUCAAGUCAUUAUCUCGUUUUGCCGAUAUAAUAUCCCGAUGUGUACAGUGGGAGCCAGGAUUCAGACCACCGAUGUCUGAAAUUGUCCAGGACCUCUUACAAAUGAUUUAGAAUGGAACCCCAAGCAAGUUUUCGUUUGAGAAGUGUAACAUAAUUAGGAAAUGAGACAGAAGAUGUUAGUUUGGUUCUUGAUUGGUAACUCCCUGGAGAGGAAAUUUUUUUUUAAUGCAGCUGCUCACCUGAAGUGGCUUUCAACCAUAUCGUCUACGAAUCAAAGGUAACUUAGCCAAAUAUUUUCGUAGGCAUCACUUGAUUUGGCUAUUCUUCUCUGUGGGAAGUGAUAACACAAUUAUUUAAUUUAUUUUUCCUGUGAAUAUCUCUAGCCAAUGCAACCAUUUAUUGUUUAAAUGAUGAUGCUACAAAUUGGUGUACAAUUUCAAUACAACUAUGUGACUUGGUUAUGGCACAGAUCUGAUCUCUUCGAUUGGAAUCUA